AUGUCAUCCACCAAUGAUCCACCGCAUGAAAAUUCGCGUCCUCCAUCGAUUUUGCUUCCGCUAAACUCGCGUAAAAGUGAUUUUACCACAGGCUCAUCUAUCUCGUCCGUAGUGCCAGAGCUGCGUGCACCAUUGAACACGUCAGUCGAUAGUGAUGCAAACACUACCAAUGAACUGAAACGCUACGAUGCUGAAAACGUCAAGAAAUCAAGUCGAAAAAUUAAUUGGUGGAAACGCAUUACAGUCAUGACAAGUAAAAGACAACGGAAGGAAGGCCGAGUGGAUGGAUGCAUUUCUGACCAAGAAGUAUAUGUGAGGAACAUGCUCGAUUCCUUUAUGUCAUCCAUGAGCUCUAAAGACAGAAUCUCGACCAAUUUUUUUGUGGACGAUAGCAACAGCAGUAGCAGCAGUAGCAGCAGUAGCAGCAGUAGCAGCAGUAGCAGCAGUAGUACGAUGAGUAGCGAACAAAACUCCAAAAGACAACGAGAGGUACCUAUGAUAAUGACAGAGAGUGCUACUACGACAAAUUCUACUACGGCAACAACAAACAGAGCGAGUACCACGAAAGUGAUAAAAAAGAAUGUCAAAAACGUAGACUCUCCCGCAUACAUGGCACAAUUUACACCCAAUGAUUGCGCCCCACAGGAAGAACAUCAUUUAGAUGUGAAAUUCACGACUCGAGAAACUCGUGCAGCAGGCGCAACUGGCAUCAGCAGCAAUUCUAGUAGUGAAUUGUAUGACGAUCUUCUGGAUGAUAGGCUGUUUGCGUCCCCUCUGAUUCAUGACGAUAUAAACAAGAGGCUGCAGCGACACAUGAAGGCUGAAGCUAUGCACGCUCGGUCGUUGGAGAAGAAUCGCCAACGAACUAAAGCACGCAAGAAGAUAGUAUGGAUUGCUAAAGUUGGUGUCAAAACUCAGGACAAGUUGAUCAAAAGCAACAAUAAUGCAAAAGUAUUAAUAAGUAGCAGCGGGAGUGGCAACAGCUUAGAAGGUUCUUCUGGUAGCAUGGGAUCCGAGGCAGAUUUGAUACUUGACUCAUCUUCAUACACCUUUCGGACAUACUCACUUCCCUUUGUAAUGGAGCUGAGCUGUUUGCAAUGUGGAUGGCAUACGUCUUUCUCUGCAUACGUUAUUAUGGAUUCGCACAGUGUUAAGUCCCGCCACCGCCGGUGCACAAUAAAUGUGCUGCUGCUCUCCUUUGCCAUUUCGAUUUUAUUAGCGCUAGUUGGUACCCGAUUCAAAGAUCGUCAUAAUUCGUCAAGCUUAGUAUUUGCGGGCGAAGAAAAGAUUUUGGACGAGGAAUCGAUUUCACCUUGUCUUAACUCAAAAUGCCGUCAGAUAUUGUACGUGUAUUUUCCGCUACUGGCGUUUGCCUUCGUCUUUAUAUUUUACGUGCGCUUAAAAGUAAUCAUCGGUAAAUCAUAUCCGACAUCAGCUAUCGGGCGACUGGACAAGGUGGUGCAAUCGUACUUGAUCGUUUUUGUCGUAUGUUAUGGAAAUCUUAUUGUCCUCACAGCGCUACAAACGUCGACUUCGUGGAGCGUUCCGCCUGCUGCAUUAUUUAUGAUGCAGUACAUUUUCGAUGUGGUAGGAGUGUGCAUGGCUGUUUUCACUUUCAUGAACUUCCACCGUUGCAGAAAAGCGUUUGACUUUGGGUUGCCGCUCAAAUCCAUCGAUCCAAGCAGUAUCGAGUUUGAUGAUCCUGCUAACAUUAUUGGUGAAGGAACUUUUGCCAUUGUACUGAAGGCAAGUUGGCGACAAGGAGGACAUGGGGAUUAUUUGGCAUCACAAUCGAUCGAAGUGGCUGUCAAAACUUUCAAGCAUGCGCAAAUUGAAUAUUUGGAACAUGUGAAGGAGGAAGCUUACUUGUCGUCAAAGCUGGUCCAUCCUUGCAUUAUGAUGACGUACGGGUGUUUUACAAAUGGAAUUAACCUCUAUAUUGUGUACGAGUAUCUUGGAGGUGGUACGCUUCAGCAACUAAUCGAUUUGAACCGAAGCACACCGUUUACGUACGAGCGAGGAUUGCGCUAUGCACAGAUGAUCGCAAUUGGCAUGCGCUUCUUGCACGGUCUGACUGUGCCAAUUGUUCACCGUGAUCUAAAGCCACUGAACUGCAUCUUUGAUUCGGAGCAAGAGAUGCUGAAAAUUGCAGAUUUUGGUGAAUCGCGGUUGCUACGAACGCGAGAAGUCGUGGAUCCGGAAUCAAUAUUUUUUUCGUCGGCUGACAUAACUGUACAAAUGACAACUAAUAUUGGGAGUGCUUGCUGGGCAGCGCCGGAAGUGCUAAAAGAUGAGGCCAAGUCGGAAUACUCGAUCAAGAUUGAUGUUUACAGCUUUGGCAUUAUCUGCUGGCAGCUGUACACGUGUGGUGUGCCAUAUGCGGAUAUUCCGGGAAGCGUUUUGGCUGUGGCAGAGGCCGUAUUAAGUGGUGUGCGUCCACCAAUUCCUCCCGACUGUCCUCGAUUAUUUGCUAAAAUUAUGGAGCGCUGCUGGCAUGACAAUCCUUUGCGACGUCCGACUUUUGAUGAUAUUGUCCAGCUGUUAGAAAGUGAGCUAACAGAAGAGCGUCGUCGGUGUACUCGCGGCGGAGACAACGCAGCAGUUGCACCACCAACACUUGGUAUGAGCAAUUUUGGCGACUCUUGCAUGGAGAAUAAUAAUCUGAAUAGGAAUUCUAGUGCUGAUUGA